GGGUCACACUGCGUCGGGGGUGAAGCCAAGUCCACGAAAAACAGAAAAGCGCAUAAAAAGCGAAAAAUGUAUGUGAAAUAGUGAAAAUGCGGAUGAAAUAGCAUUGCGACAGAUCCAGAGUGACAAUGUGCCGCACAAUUAGCCCGAGAUUUACCAUUAAAUCGCUGUGAGGCGCCUACACUGCGCCCUGCAUACCUGCAUAUGAAAACCUGCUGCCGCGGCCGUAAUUACAGUUAGACACUAAAAUAGCUGCACGGUCAGGUUGCGAAGUGAUUUGGGGCACUCAGCUUGGCGAGAAGGGGGAUUCGGGAUCGGGAUCGGGUGUAGCCCACGCACGCUAGCCUCGUUGGAAAAUGGAAAACGAAUCCGUCAAGUCGGAACACAGUGGACGCUCCAGACGCUCGCGAAAUCACAACAACAACGGCGGAGGGGGAGGAGGAGGAGGUGGUGGCGGCGGAGGCGGAGGGGGCAGUGUAAACAACGGCUAUCACAGGGAACGGGAUCGUUCCAGACACUCGCACCGCAGCACCCACUCUUCCAAGUCGGGCAAGGGAUUCCAGCGAGGUGACAUGGCACCCUACCAGACCAGCGUUAACAUGACAGGAGACGGCAGCCACGAUGGCCAGGAGGUCAUCGAGGUGCAGAUCCUGCCGCAGGACGAGAACUGGGGCGAGAACACCACCGCCGUCACGGGCAACACAUCCGAGCAGAGCAUCUCCAUGGAGGACAUCAACAACAUGUGGCACCGCGAAAACGACAAGGGCUUCGGCUUUGCCUGCCGGCGCUACGUGGAGUCCAGCUUCUACUUUCUGCUGGGAUGCGGCACCUUCUUCUCGCCGGUGGCCAUGGUGGUGAUGCCCUAUGUCGGCUUCUUUCCCUCGGCCUUCGACCAUCCGGAGCUGACGCAGACUGUGCGCACCCAGCUACUGGCCUGCAGCGAGCAGUGCAAGGGCCAACUGGUCUCCCUGGCCGCACGCCUUCUGCUCCUGGCCAUCGGACUGUGGGCGGUGUUCAUGCGACGAACUGCGGCCAGCAUGCCGCGCAUUUUCCUGUACCGUGCUCUGGUCCUCCUGCUGGUCACCAUCUGCACGUUCGCGUACUGGCUUUUCUACAUCGUGCAGGUCACGAACGGAGCCAAGAUCGUGGUGGAGACUGGCGGUGAUGCCGUGGACUACAAGUCCCUGGUGGGCUAUGCCACCAACUUUGUGGACACGCUGCUGUUCAUCCACUAUGUGGCCGUUGUUCUGCUGGAGCUGCGCCACCAGCAGCCCUGCUAUUACAUCAAGAUUAUCCGCUCCCCGGACGGAGUUUCGCGGUCGUACAUGCUGGGCCAACUGAGCAUUCAGCGAGCGGCCGUGUGGGUGCUGCAGCACUACUACGUGGACUUCCCGAUCUUCAACCCGUAUCUGGAGCGCAUCCCCAUCUCCGUCUCCAAGUCGCAGCGUAACAAGAUAUCGAACAGCUUCAAGUACUACGAAGUGGACGGGGUGAGUAAUUCGCAGCAGCAAAGUCAGAGCAGGGCGGUUCUGGCGGCCAACGCCCGAAGGCGUGAUUCCUCGCACAACGAGCGCUUCUACGAGGAACACGAGUACGAGAGGCGCGUUAAGAAGCGUCGUGCCCGCCUCAUCACGGCCGCCGAGGAGGCGUUCACCCACAUCAAGCGCAUCCAUAACGAACCCGCUCCAGCACUGCCGCUCGAUCCACAGGAAGCAGCCUCGGCGGUCUUUCCAUCGAUGGCCAGAGCUUUGCAGAAGUACUUGCGGGUUACGCGCCAGCAACCGCGACACACCUUUGAGAGCAUCCUAAAGCACCUGGCACACUGCCUGAAGCACGAUCUGUCGCCGCGCGCCUUUCUGGAACCGUAUUUGACCGAGUCGCCGGUGAUGCAGAGCGAGAAAGAGCGCCGCUGGGUGCAGUCAUGGUCGCUCAUCUGCGACGAGAUCGUCUCCCGGCCCAUUGGCAACGAGUGCACGUUCCAACUGAUCCAGAACGAUGUCUCCCUCAUGGUCACCGUGCACAAGCUGCCGCACUUCAACCUGGCCGAGGAGGUGGUGGAUCCCAAGAGCAACAAAUUUGUGCUAAAACUGAACUCCGAAACCUCCGUAUGACACCACCACAACGCCCCGCCGAUAAUAACGCCCACGCACAGCAACCAGACGCAAUCGUCCUAUCUGCAUGUGUUUGUUUGAUAAUCCCAACUUAAUGUCCUUCCCAUUCCUACUUCAAUAACAGUUCAGCCUGAUGAAGUCAAUCGUAUUUAAUUCCGUGAUUCAAUUUUAAUACUCUUUUACAUGCCACAAAUUCCAUCAUAAUCAAUCAAAUUAAGCAAUCAAAAUUAAUAAUUAAUGAAUAUGCCCCAAAACAAACUGGCUGGCCAAAAAAAAUAUUUAAAAUCGAACAUAAAUCCUUGAGUUUUUAUAACACAAACAAGUCGAAAUCAAAACAAAAUUUAAUUUGUUCAUAUAACUGAAGAUUAGGUGAGCAGACAAUGUACUUAUCAGCUAUAAACUUCUGACCCAAAUAUCAAUGCUCAAAAGCCCAGUGUAUCAUCCUAAACCGACUCGAACAUAUCACUCGACCCUUUUAAAAGCAAACAUGACUUUACAAGUUCCCAAAGUAUUAAUUAUAAGAAUGAUGGUUCGGCUUGCAGAACCACGAUCAUAAGUUAUCAACUCAUCAA